UGUUUGGGAUGUUUAUUCCGUUUGUUUUUCACUAAAACAAAGCUUCCUCCGUAUUUGUGCGAUUUAAGAUUACCUAUGUCUGCCCUAGUUACACUUAACUCUAGCUGCGUCCUGGUUCCUGGCGAGCCCAAUAGUAGAUAUGACCAAGUCGGCCCCAGGAAAAGGAAAGCAGAUGAGUUAAUUGAAAAUCUCCAAAGGUACAACCAGAGCAACGAAGUAUCCGACGAAGAUGAUUUUGAGCUCGAACCUGAAGUCUCAGAAACAAAGCUGACCCAAGACCUCUCCAAAUAUGUUGCCCUUGAUUGCGAAAUGGUUCAGACAGUACGAAGUAGCAAUGCGUUGGCCAGAUGUACUAUAGUAUCCACGAAUGGAACAACAAUUUACGACAAGUACGUUAAGCCUUAUGCGAAGAUCACUGAUUAUCGAUCGCAGUUUAGCGGUGUGCACCCUGAACACAUGAAAAAUGCCACCCCAUUCAGCGUGGCCCAACGACAGAUCAGAGGCGUGAUUAGUGGCAAAUAUGUAGUUGGGCACACAGUGCACAGAGACUUCGACUCGAUCGGCUUCGAUCACCCUGAAGACAAAGUCAUUGAUAUCAACAAGCUGGCUGCUGUAAGACAACUGCUGGGUUUGAAUGCGAAUGACAAGUUUAGUGUCUCGCUGAAGAGAAUGACCAAGGCCCUGUUCGACGUAGACAUCCAGACAGGCGAGCAUUGCUCCUACCAGGAUGCCUGGGCUACGAUGAAGAUAUUUCUGCUGUCACGGAACCCAUCACAAAUACAACACAAUGUAGUACUCCCUCCCGCUGAACCCAAGAAACGCCCAUAUGCGAUGGUAGCGACAACCAACAACGACAACGAAAGAGAUACCAAUUUGGAUAGACACGUGCCCCUGUUGAAAAAAGUUAAACAGAACAACGAAGACCAAGACUUAAGUACCCAAAAUUAUGAGUUGAACAACCCGUAUGAUAUGUAUUUGGCCGAUGAGUACUGGCUAUGAUUUAUAAAUAAUAAUGCCAACUAAAUUUUACAAAUUCACAUCAACCUAGCUUUA